AUGGGGAGAAAACUGGAUCUUUCUGGCUUGACUGAUGAAGAAGCAGAGCAUGUGCUCCAGGUGGUUCAGCGAGAUUUCAGCCUUCGUAAGAAAGAAGAAGAAAGGCUGAGUGAAAUGAAGCAGAAGUUGGAUGAAGAGGGUAACAAGUGCAGCAUCCUUUCCAAGCAGCAGAAGUUCAAUGAGCACUGCUGUAUUCGCUGCUGUUCCCCUUUCACAUUUCUUAUCAACAGCAAGCGACAGUGCCAAGACUGCAAGUACAACAUCUGCAAGAGCUGCAGUUCUUACCAGAAGAAGGAGAAGGCUUGGAUUUGCAGCGUCUGCCAGCAAGCAAGGCUCCUAAGGACCCAGUCUCUGGAUUGGUACUAUAAUAAUGUCAAAAGCCGCUUUAAGUGUUUUGGAAGUGCCAAAGUCCUGAAGAACUUAUACAAGAAGCACAGACUGGAGAGCGGAGUUUGUCCUGAUGUAGUAGAAGGAGGUUUUUUUGAAGGAAGCUUUGAAAAUGAAGGAAGCAUUUGUGGCAGUGACUCUACAUUCUACCAACAGACAGAAGGACACAGCAUGAUGGAUACCCUUGCUGUGGCCUUACGGGUUGCAGAGGAAGCAGUGGAAGAAGCUAUUUCUAAGGCAGAGACCUACAGUGACAGCCUGGACAAGCAGAACGAGGCUUGUUACUUGCAGGAACACAAGGAGGACCUCAUAGAAGAGCUGGCCACAACAAUUGUGCAGAAGAUUAUAAAGAAGCAGAAAAGCAAAACUGAGCAGGCUGAGGCUGACUUUGAAUGGCCACCAUCCAGGAGCAGCGGCCUGGCGUCUGUUGCUGUCUCAGAUCAGAGUAUGCUGACUUUUCCGGGGAGCCGCAGGGGGUCCUACACGUUGUGGAGGUCCCAGUCUGCAUUCUCCCUGGCUAGUGAAGAUGUGCCCAGUAAAGGACUAGACCCUGCAUCAUCUGUGACUGAAGCUCUUUGGAGGCAGCAAAAAGGGCAAUUCAGGAAACAGAAGGAACGCAAGCUCUCUGCGUUACCCAGCUGGAAAAGUGUGGACAGGCUAAAUGAAACAAAUCCGCCUUCUGUUUUUCAAAGCACUGAUGGAAACUGGGUAGCUUUGCAGAAUGUCACUUUGCCUCGUCCUCGAAUGCUUGCCAAACCAAAGAGUCAAGUAUUCGAAGCUUUGGAGAAUGAAUCCAGCAUUGUGUCUGCCUAUGACGAAAUGGGCUCAGACAGCGAGGAUGACUAUGACUGGAACGUGGCCUUGAACAAGCUGCGUCGGAAACCUCGGCAAUUACCAGACGGUUUCUAUUAUACCAAUUCCCAGUAUGGUACUGAAUGGGUUUACGGCAAUGAUCAGUACCAGGCAGUGACCUCUCCUUCCUCGGGGUUAUACACCAAUACUGAGACACUGUUCUCCGAUUCGGAAACAUCUUCAGUAAACUCUUCCCAGGAAGCUAAAGGACCUAGCAAACUUCUCUGGUUACAAAGCAGAACUCAAAGCGAUAUGCCCAGAAUGGAAAAAACACAUUUCCACGGAGAACUGGAUGUGAAUUUCAAUCCACAGGCAACCAGCUUGGAGUAUUCAGACAGCAGUGACACUGAAGAAGUCCAUUAUGAUUUAGAAAAGAGAUCCAGAAGGUGGAGGAAGAACAAAGCAAUCUCUGAAGAGUUACAUGAAGAAAAAAAUCACACAAAAGCCAACAAGAUGAAUUUAAGUCAGGUAAUUGAUUUCGAUGAGUUAUCAGAAACAGAUAUAAGCAGUGAGGAUCAGCGUCAUAAUAUCAAGCCCGACCUUAUGGAGGAGGAGCUUAAAUCCAGGUUAUUUCAGCUUGCUGCUAAAAUAAGUGACAAGGAAACAUCUUCUGGUGAAGAACAAGAUUCAGAACCUAGAACAGAACCUGAGAACCAGAAGGAGAGUUUAUCCUCAGAGGAAAAUGGCAGAAGUAUUCAGGAAGAGCUAAAGAAGAAGUACUCUGCUGUCUCUCUCUGCAACAUAUCUACAGAAGUCCUGAAAGUCAUCAAUGCCACUGAAGAACUGAUAGCAGAAUCCACCAGUCCCUGUGAUUUCCCAGCUGACAUUCAGGACAGAGGAAGAGGGACCUUCCCACUGGGGACGGACCCCGUCAGACUUGAUGAGCAGCUCACCACGUUGGAAGAAAACGUGUACCUGACAGCCAGCACUGUGUAUGGGCUGGAGGGGCAGCUGACCAACCUGGAAGACGCCGCACGCAAGAUCAACAGUGUCACUGCAGAAUCUGAGUUGGCCGAUCUGGAGGAUCAGGUAGCCACAGCAGCCGCCCAGGUUCAUCACGCGGAGCUUCAGAUUUCAGAUAUUGAGAGCAGAAUAUCAGCUCUCACUGUUGCAGGCUUGAACGUGGCUCCCUGUGUUCGCCUGACAAGGAAACGGGAUCAAAAGCAAACAAACCAGAUGCAUACAAUAGACACGUCAAGACAGCAGAGGAGAAAACUUCCAGCUCCACCAGUAAAAGGUGAAAAAAUAGAUGGUUCUCCAGUUACCACUGUCAGAAUGUUUAACAGAAACUUCAUGCUUCAAGGAUCUCUAACGCAAAGAACUAAAGAGAGGAAAAGCACUGCCAAGGACUUAAUGGAACCUGCUAUAGGAUCUGCUGUGAUGUACUAA